CCAUGUACCAAGCCAAACUUUCAAUUUCAAUCUACAUAUAAUACGCACAAGCUUUCUUUGUGUGUUGAAAAUGGCUUCGCCGCAAAGUGGUCUCGUGUUUGAGGAUUUCUUCCCGGCCAUGGUGGAGAAAUUGGGCACGGAAGGAUUCAUGAAAGAGCUAUCUAAGGGGUUCCGGUUGUUGAUGGAUGGUGAGAAGGGUGUGAUCACGUUCGAGAGCUUGAAGAAGAACUCAGCCUUGUUGGGGUUGCAGGACAUGAGCAAUGAAGAGGUGGUUUGCAUGUUGAGAGAAGGGGAUUUGGAUGGGGAUGGUGCUUUGAAUGAGAUGGAAUUUUGUACUCUCAUGUUUAGGCUUAGUCCUGCCUUGAUGAAGGAUUCCAAAAAAUUAUUGGUUGAAGCUAUUGUCAAUUUGUAGACCAUGAAAAAAAUAAGUAUUUUCAAUAAGAGACAAGUUCAAAAACAGGUUAAUUUUAGUUGGAAAUGACAUUUUUGUCAUUAAUGGCAAAAAAUUCAUUUUCAUUUUCAGCUUAAAUUACCUUGUUUUUGAAACCCUCUAGAAUGAAACUACUUAUUCUCCUUACCAUUUACAAUGGUAUUAUUGUGUUCCAUAUCCUUCAUCAUUUUUUUUUUUCUUCUAUUGGGAUUGAUGUGAGAUACUUCACUAGAAUUUUUGUUCUAUGUAUUGGUUAGAGUGGUUAACGAAAAAUAUUAAAUGUUAGGGCUUUGG